AUGGCGGCUCCUCACCUGCUUUCACUUCUAUAUAUACGAUUUCUUCUCGCUUUCGCCUUCGUUUCUUCAUCGUCCUCACAGUUUCUCCCUGGCUCCGAUGCUAAGGCGCGUAAUCUCACAGUCGUCCACUCACCUGCAAAUCGGGACGUCACAGUAUCUUAUAAAACUCCCGAAGACGUUUGCUCAACAGCAUUUGAUUCCCAGAAGCAGUACACAGGCUGGGUAUCAGUCCCGGGCGACUAUCCAACCAAUUUAUUCUUUUGGUUUGUCGAGGCUCGUGAGCCUACCGACAGCCUGACCAUCUGGCUCAAUGGAGGGCCAGGAUCCAGCUCGCUUUACGGCUUCUUCACCGGCAAUGGCCCUUGUGAGAUUGUUGAAAAGGGAUUGAAUGAAUACGAGACGCUUGUACGCGAAUGGGGUUGGGACCGAGCUUCUAACAUGCUGUUUAUCGAUCAGCCCAACCAAGUCGGCUUCUCAUAUGACACACCAAAUAAUGGCACAAUCAACUUUGCUAGUAACAAAGUCGAAGUGCCCCCUGAAGCCAAUGCCGACUAUCCUGAUUGGGUACUUCGCAAUGGUACAUUCAGCUCCAAUAAUGGGGAUUUUACUGCCAAUACUACUGAGACUGCUGCCAUGGCCGUUUGGCACAUGGUUCAGGGCUUCUUGACUACAUUUCCUCAAUAUCAGCCUUCCGCCCUUUCCCACAACAGCUCGCUCGGAAUUAGUCUCUUCGCCGAAAGUUAUGGUGGCCGCUAUGGCCCUGUGUUUGCGGAAACCUUCGUGAAGCAAAACGCCCGUCGCCAGAGUGGUGAGCUACCAUACAACUCAACUAUUGAUGUCCACCUUAGUUCCUUGGGAAUUGUCAACGGGUGUGUCGAUAUGGAGACACAAGUACCUUACUAUCCAACCUUUGCUAUCGACAACACGUACAAUUAUAAAGCUUUGUCUGCUGGCGAUGCACAGUUCUACCAGGACAAGUUUACUGCUGAGGGUGGCUGCCGAGACUUGCUCCAGAAAUGUGCGACUGAUGCGUCUGUCGGUGAUCCCGAGGGCGAAGGUGCCGAGGAAUCCAUCAAUAAAGCAUGCUCUGAUGCUCUGAACAACUGCUACGAUAUUCAAGACGCCUACACAAGUUCAGGUCGCGGCGUAUAUGAUCUUGCGGCCGCUUCAACCGACCCCUUCCCGCCCAUGACCUUUUUGGAAUACCUCAACCAAGAGAGCAUACAGCAAGCUAUUGGUGCCCCUAUCAACUAUACCCUCAGCAAUAACGAAGUUGGUCUCGAAUUCCAAGAUACGGGUGAUCAGGCCCGAGGUGGCAAUAUACAGCGCCUAGCUGCCCUUCUCAACCAAGGAGUUCGUAUCGCUCUCAUCUACGGUGAUCGAGACUACAUAUGUAACUGGAUGGGAGGAGAGGCUGUUUCUCAAAGCCUUGCUCAAGAAGCGGGCAGUGAGUACAGUAUUCGAUUCCCCGAGGCAGGAUAUGCUCCUAUUAUUGUCAACGAUUCGUACAUUGGUGGUGUCGUGCGUCAGUUUGGUAAUCUUUCAUUCAGUCGGAUCUACCAGGCAGGUCACGCUAUGGCCGCCUACCAACCAGAAACAGCCUUCCAAGUCUUUGCUCGCGUCAUCUUGGGCGACGCCAACGCUACCCACACAGACAAGUUGCCUGAUCAACCAAAACCUACUUGCUAUAUACGCAAUCUUCGGGCCACUUGCGACGACCGUGCUGCAGAACUGGCCGCAAAGGAUAAGGGAGUUGUCAUCAAUGGCAUAUUGUAUGCCUCCAUGGAUGACUGGCCGCUACAGGCAGAGACCACCGAGGAACCAACAACGUCCACGACGACUCCCAGUGCCACGUCAGAUAUGACUGGCAUCUAUACCGCAACCCAAACACCUGAGGCCGCGGCGGCAUGGAAUCCACCAAACUCGGGCCUGGUUGUCGCCAUCAUCGGCAUUAUGGUCCUUCACAUUGUUUGA